AUGGAUGCUUGCGAUUUUGAGACAAGCCGCAUUAACAAGGAGCUUUCUUUCGAUCUAGUUUCCAAAACCUGUAAAGAUCUGGGAACUGCGGAUGGCAGAUUAUACAUCGCCGACGCAGAGCGAGGAAUCUCACGAAUACAGGAUAGACGGUGCAAGGAAGGGGAAGCCGAUCUCAAUAAGGCCCUGUGGAUACGCAAAGCUCUCGGCAACUACAUUUCGCGCCUGGCCAGCAGAGAAAAGACUUUGGGAAAGAAUGAUAGAGACCCUGUGCGGACUGGACUGAUUCUUUAUGUACUUGGCAGCCUCCAUGCAGCUUUAAAUCAGCGGGAGGAGAGCUUCAGAUAUGACCGUAGAGUUUGGCACUACAUGCGCGAGACGGUCGUUGAGAGGGACGUUUACACUGCAAACAUCACCCAUAAGAUGGCAAACGCGGAUAUGAACUGUACUGUUCUAAGAUCAGGAGACACUAAUCUGUACAGCCAGCUUACCAAAGUCAAUAUUGGAGUCAAGGCAUGGGCGGUCUUCCAGGUCUUCCACUUCGAGUUCAGUUGUAUUCAAAGCCAUUGUCAUGUUUAUUUCAUGGUCGAUAUACUCCAUGAGAACAAAAGGGCCCAAGCUAAGUGA